AAGAAGCUUCCCCUGGGUCGCGCGUUGGUAUUGACGCCAUUUUGAAUGUGGCAUGUGGAGCGGUCGGUGAAGAUGCCCCACUCGUGUGCAGCGUGGAAUUGCACCAACAGGUUUACCGCACAAACCAGAUCUGCUGGCAUUAGCUUUCACAGGUUUCCUAAACACAAAAAGCUGAGAAAGCAAUGGGAAACCGCAGUCAGAAGGGAAGGGUUAUCUGCUAGUUCGUCAUCUGUGCUCUGCAGUGAACAUUUCAGACCGGAGAACUUUGACAGAACCGGUCAGACAGUCAGGCUCAGAGCUGGAGCUGUUCCUUCAGUCUUCAGUUUCCCAGCUCAUCUCCACAAGCCUGUGGCUACCAGGACGACUCAGACGUCAAAGAAGGCACAGGAGACCCCGUCACUGGACUGUCCUCAGCUUGUCCGCGAGGCUAAACCCCUGCCUGAGCCCAAUGUUGACCACUCCUAUGCUCUGCCUUCAUCCAAUGAGGGUCUGAGGGCCAGACUCAGGGAAGCCUUGGCCAGGGUGGAGAGUCUGGAAAAAGAGAAUAGGAAUAUGAAGGACAGAGAGAGGAGGGCAAAGAACACUCUGAGUUGUCUGCUGGAAGAUCUCAGGUUAAAGAAACUCCUAAAUGAAGAGUUGAAGGAGCAGCUCAAUAUAUACUCAGAUCAUCAAACACCUCUGUCCAAGCAGAGUCACAGAUACACCAAAAGACCAGAGGAAGUGUGCCAUGACUGUCCACUUAUGUGGUCCGAAGAUGUACAGCUAUCUGAGAGAGACCCCUAAUAUCACCCUCCCACAUCCGCAUACAGC